GUGAAUCAGAAAUUGGAUCUCCAUGCCCAGAAUCUGCUGCUUGAGAAUCAGCUGUGGGACGUCGAGGUAGUGCUAAUGCUAGCAAUAGCAAUAGGGGUCUUAGAGAAGGUUUUCAGCUCUAAGCAAGAAGAAGCAAACGUAGGGUGGUCGGAGAUCAGUGACUGCAAGGGAUGUGAGUGCGCUCUGAUCGUAGACCUCCUAGGCACCAAGCCCAGGAUUGCACUUCGCUAA